UUUCCGUCUUUCAUCUGACACCAAAAACAAUGGAUAUCUUCUCCCUCUCCUCCACCGUUCACUAUUCUCACACUCCACCAUCUUUCUCCACCUCCAGUCUCGCCGGAAAAAACCAUGCCGCCACCACCAGCAUUUCCCUGGCCUCAUUUAUUCUUGCUUCAAACUCAUCACAAGACUCUGGUCACGACUCCACCACCAGCCUCCGCCGUCCCACCACGCAGAAGCCUCUAAAAGCCUCCACUUCAAACUCAUCUCAACUCCGUGAGAACCCCCUUAAAAGAUUUGUUAACUCCCAAAAUGGUCCCCCGUCUGUCACCAGUUCGCCGUCCCGUGAUACUCUCAGUAAUAAGCUAUGGUUGUCCAGCAAACUCUCACCUCCGCCUCCUCCUCCUCCCGCACCCCUACUUUCCCAUCCAUUGCAAGAAAUUCCCCAGGAAAAUGAAGUUGAGGAUGAGGUUUUGGAAAAUUCAGAAGAAAAUGAAAAAGAAGUUGAGUUCAGGGAAAAAGGCAAGAUUUUUGUGGGUAAUUUACCACUUUGGAUAAAGAAAAAGGAGGUAGCUGAGUUUUUCAGGCAAUUUGGGCCCAUAAAGAAUGUGAUUCUGAUAAAGGGUCAUGAUAAUCUGGAGAGGAAUAUGGGAUUUGGGUUUGUGAUAUAUAGUGGGCAUACGGCUGAAAAGGCUGCAAUGAAGGCUGUAGAGUUUGAUGGGAUUGAGUUCCAUGGUAGGGUGUUGACUGUGAAGUUGGAUAAUGGCAAGAGAAUGAAGGGCAAACAUUCGGAGAGGGCAAGGUGGGUGGAGGGCAAAUGGGAGGACGGGGAAAACUACAAGUCUAAGUGGCAUGAAGAGAGGGACGGUUCACGAAGGGAGUUUCGGAGGAUUCUGGAAUCUCAACCAGAGAGUUGGCAGAUGGUUGUGCAAGCUUUUGAGAGGAUUAAGAAGCCCUCCAGAAAAGAGUUUGGGUUGAUGGUCAACUAUUAUGCAAGGAGAGGAGACAUGCAUCGUGCACGUGAAAUGUUUGAGAAGAUGCGGGCACGUGGGAUAGAGCCAACUUUACAUGUAUAUACAAACCUGAUUCAUGCUUAUGCAGUAGGAAGAGACAUGGAAGAAGCAUUAUCAUGUGUGAGGAAGAUGAGGGAUGAGGGAAUUGAGAUGAGCUUGGUGACAUACAGUAUUCUUGUUGGAGGAUUUGCAAAAAUUGGGAAUGUUGAAGCUGCAGAGCUUUGGUUUAAGGAGGCAAAAGAGAGACUUACAGCGUUAAAUGCAGUCAUAUAUGGCAACAUAAUAUAUGCUUAUUGUCAAACAUGUAACUUAACCCGUGCUGAAGCAUUGGUAAGAGAGAUGGAAGAAGAGGGAAUAGAUGCUCCAAUUGACAUAUAUCACACCAUGAUGGAUGGUUAUGGCAUGAUACAGGAUGAAGAGAAAUGUCUUAUGGUUUUUGAUAGACUUAAGGAAUGUGGCUUUACACCUUCAAUAAUUACGUUUGGAUGUCUCAUCAAUCUGUAUACCAAGAUUGGAAAAGUUUCUAAAGCUUUGGAAGUCAGUGACAUGAUGAAACAGGCAGGCAUAAAGCAUAACAUGAAGACGUAUUCCAUGUUGAUGAAUGGAUUUAUAAAUUUGAAGGAUUGGGCUAAUGCUUUCUCAAUCUUUGAAGAUGUAAUUGGAGAUGGUUUAAAGCCAGAUGUCAUUCUUUACAACAACAUCAUAAGAGCAUUUUGUGGAAUGGGUAACAUGGAACGUGCUAUUCGUACAGUUGAACAAAUGAAAAAGGAGAGGCAUAGACCAACUUCAAGAACAUUUAUGCCCAUAAUUCAUUCUUUUGCAAGAGCUGGAGAAAUGAGAAGAGCUCUAGAUGUUUUUGAUAUGAUGCGGAGGAGCGGAUGUAUUCCAACUGUGCACACAUAUAACGCUCUGAUUCUUGGCCUUGUCGAAAAGCGUCAGAUGGAGAAGGCCGUGGGUAUAUUAGACGAGAUGCUGCUGGCAGGAAUUAGUCCCAACGAGCACACAUACACAACCAUUAUGCACGGUUACGCAUCGCUGGGUGAUACCGGAAAAGCUUUCCAAUACUUCUCUAAGGUUAAAAAUGAGGGGCUUGAGCUUGAUGUUUAUGCUUAUGAGGCCUUACUCAAGGCAUGCUGUAAAUCAGGCAGGAUGCAAAGUGCUUUAGCUGUAACAAAAGAGAUGAGAGCUCAAAAUAUCCCCAGGAAUACUUUUAUCUACAACAUACUAAUCGACGGAUGGGCUCGUCGAGGUGAUGUUUGGGAAGCUGCAGAUUUGAUGCAGCAGAUGAGACAAGAAGGGGUACAGCCGGACAUCCAUACUUACACGUCUUUCAUAAAUGCUUGCUGCAAGGCCGGAGACAUGCUGAGAGCAAUGAGAACAAUUGAGGAGAUGGAAGCAGUCGGAGUGAAAGCUAACGUCAAGACCUACACUACGCUUAUACACGGGUGGUCCCGAGCAUCUCUCCCGGAGAAGGCAUUGAAAUGCUUUGAGGAGAUGAAGCAAGCAGGACUAAAUCCAGACAAAGCAGUAUACCAUUGUUUAAUGACAUCCUUGUUAUCAAGGGCCACCAUCGCCGAAGACUACAUCUACAAUGGAAUCCUCAAUUUAUGCGACGAGAUGGUGGACUGCGGGUUGACUGUCGACAUGGGCACCGCAGUUCAUUGGUCGAAAUGCUUACGCAAAAUCGAAAGGACCGGUGGCGGUAUUACCGAAGCCCUUCAGAAGACCUUCCCACCCGACUGGAACAACCACAAGACUCUUAACGCUAUUUCAGAUGUCAGUGAUCACGAAGAUGGAUUGGAAGAAAACCAUUACGAUGAUAGCCCUUUUCACAGCGACACUGAUGGUGAAGACAACACAAACUUUGACGAAAGGUUUCAAUUCUAACUCUAUCAUCCAGAUAUCCCCAAGGUAUCGGUUUCUUCCCAUCUCUUUAGUUGCAAAGUGAAUUAGCUCCGAAUUUUGCGGUUCUUGGCUCUACCAUUUCUCACUCAUUUCUCUAUAGAGGGAACCUUCUAUGAAAUUUAUGGGAAAGUAACAGUCCAAAUUUGUCCAUAUGCUUGUAGUUGACUGUUUGUUGGUUUGUUAGCUGACAUAUAUCUGCAAACAAUAGUUGUCUGAAGAAGGCAGGAUAGUAUUUCAACCCCAUUAGAAAGCAGGAAGAACAGAAAUUGUAUCAUUGACUUUUAGUAUUAUGUUAGUAAUUAAUGAAUCUUAUGAAAUCAUAA